AUGACGAAAUUAAAUCAAAGAAGCUGCAAGCUCAAGAGGAGAAAAGAAAGAAAGCUGCGAAGGGAAGAUAUGAAGUCCAACAAGUGCCCGCUUAUUAGGCCAAUUGGCCAACGCUCCAUUACUUCUACCUUCCUCUCCUCCCAUCGUGAUUGUGAGGGAGAUGCGAACAUCAAAGCUCCUAAUCGUAAGGUAAUCAGAGAAAAUUCUGAUAAGAGUGUAAAUGGAGGAAGUCAGAAAAAGGAAGAACGGGAAGAAGAAUCAAAGUUUUUGAUUGAUGGUGCUUUUGACAUGUUCAAGAAUGUUCAAAAGAACUCCAAAGGUUUAGACACUUCAAGUUCAGAUAAUGAUACCAACAUUUUCUGCAUCGAUCACAUUCAUGAAACACAGAAGAGAAAAAAUCUGAAUGAAGAUAAGCCAGCUGGUCGAAAGCGGAUGGCAGUUCUUGGAGAGGACUCAAAACCAGCACUUAGGCCGAGGGUGAAAAGGAACUUUCCUGCCAAUGAUGAGUCUAUCCCUCAUUUCAAUCACUACGAGAAUGGUGGCGGAUGGUGGAAUGACGAUAUGGCAGGUGUGGACACUGAAGAAGUUGGUUGCAAGAACGAUGCAUGGGAAGGUGUGGGCCGUACCACACUUGGCGGUAUUGAAUGGCAUUAGUUUGAGCUCUAGCACCCAUUAUUGCGAAAUCACUCUUCGACUAUGUGUGUAUUCUGUUUCUUUGUUUCUUCGUCUUGCUUUUGUUCUUGAAGUUAAAAGAUUGUAGUAGUACUUAUGUGUGAAUGAUGUAAUGGUAGUGUGUAGUAUCUCCUGAAAGAGGUUUGAGAAUCUGUCAAAGUUUUUACGGUGUAAGAUCAUCUCCAACUGAAAAUUCAUUUUCAAACUUAUUUUACAGUAACCAUCACAUCUCCUUCGAUUGAAAGA